AUGGUGGAGGAGUUGGAAAAGGAGAAGAAACGAAAAGGACUCAGAUUCGUUUCACGAAAAUCAACUAAAAAAAUGUUAGGAAAAUGGAAAAAAUUGGAUGAGACAACUGAGAAGACGGAUAUGGAGUGCUCGACAGGAGAAACGGAGUCACUACGACAAGUACUUGGAGUUCAUCUCGAGACGGCCGUAGAACUAGAUCCAAGUUUAGAUGGAGUUCCGCUUCCCGUCUUUUUCCGGAAUGCGAUAGACUACAUUGAAACACACGGGUUAGAUCUUGAGGGAAUAUAUAGGGUUUCGAGUCCUAAAUCUCGUUUGGAUGAGUUGGAGAAGAAAGCUAAUGAAGGCUCUCCAUUGAAGUUUGUCGAGGCCCAUGAAGCUGCUGGUCUUGUGAAAAGGUUUUUAAGACAACUUCCUGAACCACUGCUAUCAGAAGAGUUUGAAAUGGUUGUAAAAGAAUGUGCCUGUGACUGGAGAUAUGUAUGUCACUGUGAAGUUCUCGAUAAAAUGAAACAAAAGUUACGCCAUAUUGGACGGGCACAAUUCUACCUUCUCGGAUAUAUAUUUUUGCAUGUACAAAAUGUGAUUAAAAUGGAAUCGGAGAAUAAAAUGGGUAUCCAUGCACUGGGUUUGUUGUUCCAAACAGUACUGGAUGUGAGCAGGCAGCUGGUUUGCUACUUUAUAGUGAACGCCAGCGGAAGGCUGUCCAAAGAAGCUCCAAAGGUCGGCUACCUUUUCGACAAUGUCACAAUAGUACCGUGCAGAGGAAAGUGUUCUCAACGAAAUUCGGGAACUUCAUGCGGCAUAUGUAUUAUGAUAAGAUAG